GAGAUUUUUCUGAUGCAUUGAAAUCUUAAUCCAAAUCCAAUUCCCAUUACAUAAACAGAGCCUCUUUUUUCUUCUUUUUAGUUCUUACAUUUCACUUAUCACACAAUUAACACACCUUGCUGAAACCAUUCGAAUGCUCUUUACCUCAAUUCACUGAUUCACUCUCUUUCGUGAAAACCUUCUAUUUUUAAUUUUCAACCUCUUUCUUCUCACUCACUCUCAUCACUCCAAAACAAAACCCUAGACUUCCUCCAAUCUCCGAUUCUCGCUUUCUACUUUGCUGCACCCUUGCGGGGAUGCUUUUUGGAGGCUUGGAUUGAAUGUGUGAAACAAAACUAGUGGAGAAUUUUUUGUUUUAGUUUUGGUGCUUCAAGUGGUUUUUCUAUUUUUGUGUUAGUUGCUGUUAGAUUGGUAGUUUUAGUUCAACAGCAAUUGGCGUUGGAGUGAGAAUUUUGCAUAUAUAAGAUAAGAUAGAUGUAUCAUCAAGUGAGCCAUGGCCCUUCUUUAGGACAAGGUGGUUCUCACCCUCCUCCGCCGCCUCCGCCGAAUGCUUAUCAACAGCAACAACCUCCGCAUCAUCAUCAUAAUCGUAAUCCUCCACCUCCACCACCACAGUUUCAGCAGGGUGGUCCUAUUCCGGUUCCACAAGGUCAUCAUAUGUACCUACAUGGUCAUGGACCACCCAAUGCACCUUCCACUAGUUCUGUGAAUCUUCCCUUUCAAGCUCCACCUGGAAUGGUGCAAAGUGCAGGGCAGUAUGGGAACGGCAUGGCGGCACAAACAUUUACUAGCGUUGGACAGAAUUUAGGGGCUCAGAGUCAUCACAUUCCGCCAUCUCCUCCUCCUGUGCCACCAUCUAGAGCACUACCACCUCCGCCGCCGCUGCCUGCAUCUUCCCAGGGGGAAAUUUUGUGUAAACCUCCUUUUGGUCUGCCUCCACCACCCCCUGCUGGAUAUAUUGGGAAUUAUCAAGUUCCUCCUGUUGCUCCCCCGCUGCCGCCACUGCCAUCCUCUCCACCGCCUAUUCUGCCCCCUGCCCCUCCUAUGACUUCCACCUCUGGCGAGGUUUCUGGCACUGAGUUGAAGGCUGUGGAUUCGGUUGAAAAAGGUGUGGCUUCCUAUCCAUCUGGUAUUGCAUCUAUAUGCAAUUAUGAUCCUAAUGGGGAGAGUGGAAGUUGCAGAGAGUUUGCUGCUUCUGCUGAUAGAAAUGAACUAUUGUCAAAUAAAAGUGGAAAUUUGGAUCCUCCCCCACCUCCGCCAUCAGAAGAAAAAACUGUUCAGAAGAUUGAAGCUUUAUGUCAGCUUAUUGCUGAGAAUGGUCCUGAUAUUGAAGACAAGAUUCGUCAAGAGGAGUUUCAGAAUCCUGAGUAUCAGUUUUUGUUUGGUGGUGACCGAACUGAAGCUGCAAUCUCCCACACGUAUUUCCUCUGGAUGAAGAAGAAAUACAAUUUGGAAGAUAGAUGGCAUGAGAAGAAAGCUGAACCACAGUUAAGACCUCUAUCAGUAGACUCUAUGGGGCCACUGUAUCAUCUGCAUGUUGCAACCGAAAAUGCUGAUUCUGACAUGGAGAUGGAAGAUGAUAUCACUCUUUCCGACAAGGACCAGGGACCAAAUUAUGCAAUUGAAGCUCUAACUCAGCAGCCUCAUCAGGUUGGUGAGGAAUGUAAAAUGAAUGAGAAUACACAUCAGUUGCAGAAUUCAACAGAGAACGAUCCCUCCAACGACAUUUUAGCCAAUGGUUCAUCAACACGUGGAUCCAUGGGAAUCAGCAACCAACAUGAAGGACCUGGGAAUAUCUCCAAUUUUGAAGAAAUGAAAUCUGCAAUAUCAGUUACCAAGGUUCAUAGUCCUGUGAAUGGAUCAAGUGAAGUGGCUAAAGUCCCCCUUGGCACAGGUUUUGAGAAAUCUGCAGCUCCUCUAGCAGAAGGUUUCAUUCGAAAUGGGACUUCUGAUCUUGUGGAAGCCAUUGAUGCUGAUAGAGAUUCUGGACAACUUAUAAGGAGUGGCAGCCCAAUAAAGCUACUUCAAGAUUAUGCUUCUGAUGAUACUUCAGGUAAUGAAGAUGAAAUAUCAGCAGGAGCUGCCAGUGGUGUUUCAAUUGCGCAUAAAGAUUCCAGGAGUCGCUUAGAGACUGAUAUUGGAUCCAAGACUCCCUCCGGUACACAAAAGGGGUUUGGACAGCUCUCUGAAACAACUCUGGAUAAUUUAGUACAAAAAUCUAAGGAACUCAUUGAAGAUUACCAUGAAAAUCAGGUGUCUGUUGCUGCUUCCUAUGAAACCAUCGCAGUGAAAGAUAAGUUAGGUAGUAAAAGUAACAAUGCUGAACCGGAGGAUGAAAGGAAAUCCUCAAAGUUUGAAAAGAAUAUCUUGAAGGUAGAUAAAUUUGGAAGGCAUCCCAAAGAAGCUCCUACAGAUAGUGACUCCGAGUCUGAUGAUUCUCACUAUCGUCAGACUAAGAGGGGAAGCAAAAGAGGCAGAGGGAGGAGUCGCAGCAGAUCUCCUGAACACAGAAGUCGGAGUAGGAGUAGGAGGAGGAGAAAGAGUCCCCGGAGGAGAAGGGAUAGAAGAAGCCGAUCUCGAAGCCGGUCUCCUCGAUAUCGUAGAAGCAGGAGUAGGUCUCCAAUCUUAAGACGAACAGGGGACUUUGGUGGUGAGAAUGUGAAAAGGGACAGGGGCCAAUGCUUUGGCUUCGUUCGGGGAAAGUGCCAUCGUGGAGCAUCUUGUAGGUUCUCUCACCAUGAAUCUGACAAGAAUGUUCGUUUGAGGCGCCAUAGGAAUAAAUAUGACCAAGAAGUCCAUUCUCAAGCAAAACAUGUUAGUGAUGGUAUAAGAAGUCAGGGUGUGGAUCAAAAGCAGGAGAGAAAUGAAAAAGAAAAUUCUGUUAGGCAUGCAAAUCUGCCUAAUACUUCUGGUAUUGACAGUCAAUCAGUAAGGAAUGAUCCAAUUAAAUCUGAAAGUUUCAGAGAGAGUGUUCUUGAAAUGAAGGAAAGUUUGGUUGGUUUUCUUCCCGAAGUUUUAAGUGGUGAUGAUGCCUCUAAACCAUGUGAUGGCACAAAUGAAGAUGGUGUUCACGCAGAAGAUAAUUCAUUUGUUCACAAGAUACAACCCAAUGUUCCUGUUGGAAUUACAGGGCAUCCUAGUUACUCAUCUAGUACCCAAACUUUACCAUAUAUGUUACCACCAACUCUGCCAUUGUCUGCCCCUAGCUCUGUUGGUCCAUCACCUUCAUCAAGACGGCCUUUAUUACAUAGUAGUUCCUCGGUGGAAUUACCACCUCAUGCUUACCAGUUGCCUCCCCCACCUGUUGUUUCACAUGCACAGGGUGAGAAUGCUGUGAUUUUGCCACAAAUUUCAAGGGACUAUGGUGUAACACAACAAAAUGCAUUAUUCCCUUUUCAGCCCACUACUAGAGAUAAAUUUGAACCUUCCCCAGCUCUGAUUCCCAUGCAGAGUCCUCACUUCAGUGUACCACUACCACCUAAUUACCCUUGGACAUCAUUGCCGCUACCACCACCUCCUCCUCUCCCUUCACAAAUUGUGCAUAAUCCCAGCAUAGGUUCCGGAGUUUCAACAUCAUAUGUCUCUUCAGAAUUUAAUCAAACUCAAUUGCAUUCAAGAGGGGACUUUGUUUCUCUGACUUCUGGUAAGCCUGGAUUGCCUUCUCAUUCUCAGAGUUCUGAGUUUCAGGAUCAUGCCUACCCAGCAAAUCAAUUGCUUUCAGGUCCAAAUGUUAGUGGAGAAGACCCUUAUAAGCAAUUACUCAUGCAAGAUUCAAACCUUUCAAGCUCUGGUGGUUCACAUCCUCUACAAAACCAAUAUUCCUGGCAGUCAGAUGCUAUCAGAAUACAGCCUUCUGUUGGUGGGAAUUUACCUCCAGAAGAUCAUUUCAAGACAUCUUCCCACACACUUGCAUCAUCACAGCAGCAACAACCAGUGCAUAGUUUUCAAUAUUCUGCAUCUGAGGGUAAUUUGGGUGUGCCUGGAGAAACUGUUACCUUAUCUAGAUAUCCACCGGAUGUUCUGGAUAGCAAUCAUUCAACUUCUCUUCCAACUUUUGUGGGGUCAAGAAUUCCUGCUCACUGUAAUCCUUAUGCUUCAACCUUUGAGCAGCCGCUUACUUCCAAACUCAGUUCAACUAUUUUUAGACAAGAAAGUGAUGUAAUCCAUGGCGACAAUAAUUCUGGGUUGAACCCUACUUCUAUAAAUAGGGAAGGCGCCGUUGGUGUUGAACCAAAGUCUUCUAGAGCUAAUCAGUAUGAUCCUCUGUUUGACAGCAUUGAACCACCAUUGUCUUCUCUCAAGAAAUUUGAUUUUGAAAAACAGGAAGUUACAGGUGAAUCCAAUGUCAGCCUAAGGCCCAAAAGUUCUAAUAUGCCAUUGGAUGCGGAAGAGCAAAAUAAGCAUGAGGAGGUUGGAGCUGUUGCCUCUACCACUUCUCAAAAUAAUGAUGAAUAUGGUGAGACUGCAGAUGCAGAGGUGGAUGAUGUUGAAAAUGAGAGCCUAAGUAAUCAUGUGGAUGUUGCAAACAUGACUCCAGGGGAGGUUGAGAUUAAUCAGACCAAGUCUCCAGGGAAGAGAAAGAAGAGCAAGGAUUCUAGAUCAAUGAAGUUGUUCAAAGUUUCCAUUGCAAAUUUUGUUAAGGAGGUUUUGAAACCGUCAUGGCGGCAGGGUAAUAUGAGUAAAGUUGCAUUCAAAACAAUUGUGAAAAAAACUGUUGACAAGGUGUCAGGAGCCAUGAAAGGCCAUCGUAUGCCCAAGUCCCAAGCAAAGAUAAGCCAAUACAUUGACUCAUCACAGCGAAAGUUGACUAAACUUGUGAUGGGUUAUGUUGACAAGUAUGUCAAGUCAUAAAGGAUGGCGGCGGUGGUGGAUGGUUCCGGUGUCGAUAGGUGUGACAUCAUCCCCCUGCAGUGCAAGGCAUGCUGGAUCAUGUGACGGUGGUUGAUCAGCAUUCCAUUCCUGAUAGGGUGGUUGUUUCUAUCGAAUAUGUAUGUAUGUAUUGUAUUUCUCUUUUUGAUUCUUGAGGUUAGUUAUAUUUUCUAGUUUCUCUUUCAUGUUGAUAAUAUUUCUAAUGAGUAGAGUCAAUCUAUUAAUAUUUGCUAAAUUGGCCGUUUAUUCUUUUUUGUGAUUAGCAAAUUACUUUUUGUCCAUAAAAUUUUUGAAAAAUAUUAAAAGUAGCUAACAUUUAAUUUGUUUUAUUUUUUUUAAAUAAAAUAAGCUUUAAUUUUAUCCGUUUUGACCACGAUGACGAUGAAGCCUUAACCCAACCCUUGGCAUCUCUUGUGGCCGUCGAUCAAAUGCUUUAAAGUUUAAAGCUUCCAAAUAUGAAAUACGCACCACACAAGCUAUAUUCGUGCCUUAACGACACAUAAAACCAAAAUUAGCAUGAGACCUGUUACGGCCCGGUCGCGGGUCGACCCGACCCCGUGACGACCCGACCCGAACAGUCGGGCACGCACCGCUCGCUACGCGAUCCAGACACGCGUCCUUGACAGCUCUCCGCUACAGCUGUGAGGAAGCUUCGAGGAAAGUGGGCCUGUCCCUGAAGGGCCCACUUCUGACACGGUAUAAAUGGGGAAGGAUCUGUCCUUCUCCCAAGGUACGUCACACUCUACCUUACCCCUUUUUUCGUCUGCGCACUCAACUGACUUGAGCGUCAGAGUGUCAUUGCAGGUGACACCCCCUCUCUCUUUUCGAAAGCUCGGAACGUCGGUUCCUCGCCUCACCCUCGUAACCCAUUCCAGGCCACGACCCACUUACUCACAUAAGGAUCACCCCGAACCGUCCGGUACACGAUCUACCGAA